AUGAUGAAUUCCUUAUUAAGCAGAAAAGAUGUUGUUGAGCUUCUCGACUUACCUAAUGAAAUAAUCUUAGCUAUUAUGAAUAAAGUAAAACCUCAAGCAUUAUUACUUUCGUCUAUUAUUGGUAUUGGAAAUAAUCGUUUGGAAUUGCUUGUAUUUGACAAAUGUCAUUCAAUUGAUGUUACUUCUGAUUAUUCUGGUUCACCUCAUAGAACACUUAUUACACGUUUCUUUUUCAAUGUUAUGCCUCGAAUAUGUAAUAGUAUUCAAUCACUUACAAUAAAUCUUGCACAUAUAUGUUACCUUGAUCACAUUACUAAACUAAUUGAUGAUAACAGUCUUUCAAAUUUUAUUCAUUUGAAAAUAAUGACUGGUCGUCUCUAUGAUAAUACAGGAACACGUUAUACAAGUUAUUAUUAUGAUAAUGAAUUCCAUCAUUAUCCUCUAUUUUCGACUGUACCUCAACUUUUCUAUCUUAAUGAUUUACUCGCUGAAAAACUUGUAUUAUUCAUUCAUUGUUCACCAUUUAUGCGUUCCAUUGUCUCCUUUGAAUAUGAUCAUGAUUGUGCUCUAUCAGUACCAUCUAGUGAUAAAGGACUGUUCUUUACACAAUCACCUCAUCUUACUCAUGUGUCUAUCACAUUACGUCAAUUUCAUGAUUGUGUUUGUUUAUUGAAUCAACUAGGUUCACAACUACAUUCAUUCAGUGUGAGUAUAGUACACGUACGUCUAGACGAAAAUAAUAGUAUAUCUCAACUAACAUCAAUAUUCUGUCCUAACUUGAAGUAUUUGACAAUGACAAUCUAUCGCAAUAUUCUUCAUUAUGAACAAUGUAUUCUUCCUCUUUUACAACGCUUAUCAAAUGUUGAACAUUUAACAUUAUUGUUAACUGUUAGUGUGAAAGGAAGCGGACCAGAUCACUUUAUUGAUGGAUUCGAUUUAAAAAGAGAUAUUAUUUUAUAUAUGCCUCAAUUACGGCAGUUGAAUUUUCACAUUCGUUCAAUAUUAAGACAAGCUCCUCAUAUAGAAUCAGAUACAAUUUGUCAAAGUUUUGUCAAAUAUGAACAAUCUAUUGAUUGUGCACUCGAUUAUUUCAAUAACAAAUAUGGUCAAUGUCAGAUAUAUUCACUACCAUUUAUUGGUAAUCGUCUUGAUUUUAUUUCGAAUCGAUUUCCACUUUUCGAUGUUAAAAAUAGAUUUUCAAAUGUCACCAUAUUAUUACUUUUCGAUGAUGUUAAAUCAUUCGAAACUGUUUUCUUUGAACGUAUUUCUCGAGCUUUACCUCGUCUUCAAACACUCGAAGUAAUUAAUCAACUUGAACAAGAAGAGAAAAUCAAAACAACAAUCAAUAUUAUUGAAUUUCAUCAUUUAAGUCUACUUAUUUUACAUGAUAUUCAUGUUAAUUAUGCUGAACAAUUUCUUUGUCAAAGUCGUCUUCCAUGUCUAGUUGAACUUAUCAUCCGUGAUGAUGCAUUGUCAACAAUAAUUGAUCAAAAUCAACAACAAGCUAAAGACAAUUGUUCAAAAGUUGAAACACUUCAAAUUGUUGAACCAUGGAUUGAACCAACAAAUGUUCAUUUAAACUUUUUUCCACGUUUACAUAGCAAAAUUGUUGACCAGAGUUAA